AUUUCAUAAAUUAAACCAAUGAGCCUUGUAUUAUCCCUAUAUAAAUCAUCUAUUACACUAAGUUAUGAGAACCAUAUCUUAGCCAAAAGACACAUAAUGACUUCUAGUCAAAUAUUUGUUAUGGUGACUUUGGUCUCAUUAUUGAUCCCUUCCAAUGCAUUGCUCACUCCUCAUUUUUAUGAUAAAGUUUGCCCUCAAGCAUUACAAGUCAUAAACUCAGUUGUUAAGCAAGCAAUUCUUAGGGAAAAACGCAUUGGAGCAUCACUCCUACGCCUGCAUUUCCAUGAUUGCUUUGUUAAUGGUUGUGAUGGAUCAGUUCUGCUAGAUGACACUAGGAACUUCACAGGGGAGAAGACAGCCCUUCCCAAUAUUAAUUCAAUAAGAGGAUUUUCUGUGGUUGAUGAAAUCAAAACAGCUGUUGAUAAAGCUUGUAAACGCCCUGUGGUUUCUUGUGCUGAUAUUUUAGCCAUUGCUGCUCGUGAUUCUGUAGCCAUAUUGGGAGGUCCACAACUUUUCUACAAUGUGUUAUUGGGAAGAAGAGAUGCAAGAACAGCAAGCAAAUCAGCUGCAAACACAAAUCUUCCACCUCCAACAUUCAGCUUCUCACAGCUUAUUUCCAACUUCAAAUCUCAUGGAUUAAAUGUAAAAGACCUCGUAGCACUUUCUGGUGGCCACACUAUUGGAUUUGCAAAGUGCAGAACAUUUAGAAACAGAAUCUACAAUGAAACAAACAUUGAGCCUGGUUUUGCAGCAUCUUUAAGAAAAACAUGUCCUAGAAAAGGUGGUGACAACAAUUUAACACCACUAGACUCCACUCCUACAAAAGUUGACACAACAUAUUAUAGAGAUUUGAUAUACAAAAAGGGUCUUCUUCAUUCUGAUCAACAAUUGUUUGAGGGAAAAGGUAGAGAAAGUGACAAAUUGGUGCAACUUUAUAGCAAGAGUCCUUUGGCUUUUGCUAGAGAUUUUAAGAGUUCAUUGAUCAAGAUGGGGAACAUCAAGCCUCUUACAGGGACACAAGGUGAGAUCCGAAUCAAUUGCAGAAGGGUUAGAUAAAUCUGUGUUUUAUGUGAAGAAAUAGUGUCUUCGAUUUUAAAUAUAAGCAAAAUGGUAGAUACAUUAAUACAUAAACUUAAUUUUGCUUAUAUUUAAGUAUGGAGACAAUAAAUCGGUUUCAAAAAUAAAAUUUAUGUGAUAUAAAUAUUGGAGUGACUUGGUUAAAAUGAUAUGGGCCUUUUAUGUAUCAAAUGUGGAAGUUGGUUAAUAAAAAUAUGUUUGAAUUCUUAUGUUGAAAUAUGUUGAGUUCUUAUGUUGAGAUUCAAUAGUAAUAUCAUGUAAAUCUAUUAAUGUGUGUCA